UAGACCGCGCGGGGAGCUGCGGAGCGUCGGGCUGUAGUGGGCAGAGCUGGAGGCUGAGAGAGGGGGAGGGGACGCAGGCGAUGGUGCUGGUGCUGCGAUACCUGAGCGGUGCCUGCGGCCGGGUCCGCGGGGGUCUCCCCGGGGGCUUCGCUGCGGCGUGCCGGCCGGCGCCGGGGAGACCCUGGCCACUGUGCCAAGGUGGCCGUAGAGCCAGCACCCGCUCAUUUGAUGUAGUCAUUAUCGGUGGCGGAAUUGUGGGCCUUGCCUCUGCCAGAGCACUCAUCCUGCGACAUCCAGCACUUUCCAUUGGUGUUCUGGAAAAGGAAAAAGAUUUAGCUGUUCACCAGACUGGACAUAACAGUGGUGUCAUACAUAGUGGAAUUUAUUAUAAACCUGAAUCUCUGAAAGCUAAAUUGUGUGUACAAGGUGCAGCCCUCAUCUAUGAGUAUUGUAACCAAAAGGGAAUUUCCUACAAGCAAUGUGGCAAGCUUAUAGUAGCUGUUGAACAAGAAGAAAUCCCCAGACUUCAGGCCCUAUAUGAGAGAGGCCUGCAGAAUGGUGUGCAGGGCCUGAGGCUAAUCCAACAGGAGGAUAUAAAGAAGAAGGAGCCAUAUUGUAGGGGUCUAAUGGCUAUUGAUUGCCCAUACACUGGCAUUGUGGACUAUCGGCAGGUGGCUUUGUCAUUUGCCCAGGAUUUCCAAGAAGCAGGUGGCGUUGUCAUGACCAGUUUUGAAGUAAAAGAUAUUGAAAUGGCUAAAGAAAGUCCUUCAGGAAGUAAAGAUGGGAUGAAAUAUCCAAUUGUUAUAAGGAACCCAAAGGGAGAGGAAGUUCAGUGUCAGUAUGUUGUGACAUGUGCAGGACUUUACUCGGACCGUAUUUCAGAGUUGAGUGGUUGUAAUCCUGAUCCUCAAAUUGUACCAUUCCGGGGAGAUUACCUGCUCUUGAAGCCAGAAAAAUGCUAUCUUGUAAAAGGAAAUAUUUAUCCGGUCCCAGAUAGCCGGUUUCCUUUCCUAGGAGUUCACUUCACACCUAGGAUGGACGGCACUAUUUGGCUAGGGCCCAAUGCGGUUCUUGCCUUUAAACGAGAAGGCUAUAAACCCUUUGACUUCAGUGCCACAGAUGUUAUGGAUGUAAUUAUCAAGAGUGGCUUGAUUAAAUUGGUGUUCCAGAAUUUUUCCUAUGGAGUCAAUGAAAUGUAUAAAGCCUGUUUUCUCAGUGCAACAGUGAAGCACCUUCAAAAGUUUAUCCCUGAAAUUACUACCAGUGAUAUACUGAGAGGUCCAGCUGGAGUAAGAGCCCAAGCCCUGGAUAGAGAUGGAAAUCUGGUAGAGGAUUUUGUAUUUGAUGGAGGAGUUGGAGAUAUUGGAAAUCGCAUUCUUCAUGUGAGAAAUGCACCCUCCCCUGCAGCUACUUCUUCUCUUGCAAUUUCUGGAAUGAUUGCAGAUGAAGUGCAACAAAGAUUUAAAUUGUAAAUAAUGUAAGGAGCUAGGUAUACAUUUUAAUUUCCAUAUUUAGCAACAAGAAUAUACUAAUUGCAUCCUUUAAUUUAAGGAAAAUGAUUUGAAAAUCUCCUUUUUAGGUAUCCUAACAACUGAAUUGUUAGAAUGCUGUAAUAUAGAAAUAAUAAUUUUUAAAGUCCAUCUUCUUUCAUUUUGUGAAUAAAGAAGCAAGGUACAGUUGUA